GUAUCUCAAUCCCUGACAAUAGAUAUACAAGUGCAUCAACUGUUUGUAUCAGUGAAUGUAGCUCAUGAAACAUAGUUAUUCCUGAUGAUGUAUGCACAUAUGUUAGUGUUUGUGAAAGAGUUGAUCAAUGUUGGGCUCGAUUUUUGUCAGAUUCGACACGUAUUUCUAUAUGAUCGAGCAAUCAAGAUCGGCAUAUAAGAGACGGGUACCCCAAAAGAACUCUUAUGGCUACAAGCAAGAUUAGAAAAGCUAUUGGGGUAGUGAAGGAUCACACCAGCAUUGGCCUGGCCAAGGUGGGCGGUGGCACCUCCGUUUCGGACUUGGUAGUAGCCAUCGUGAAGGCCACCCGACAUGACGAAAACCCACCCGAAGACCGCUACAUUCAUGAGAUCUUAUGCCUGACAAUGUAUUCGCGAGCGAUGGUGAGUGCUUGCGUGAGCGGCAUUGCCAAGCGCCUCAACAGGACCAGGAAUUGGGUAGUGGCCUUAAAAGCCCUCAUGCUUGUCCAUCGGCUCCUCACCGAUGGUGACCAUGCCUACGAGCGGGAGAUCUUCUCCGCAAAGCGGCAUGGGACACGCUUCCUCAACAUGUCUCACUUCCAAGAUUCCUCUGGGAAACUGGAUGCAUGGGACUACUCGGCAUUUGUUCGCAACUAUGCGCUGUACUUGGAUGAGAAGCUUGAGUUUAGGAUGGAGGGCCGGGGACAGAAUGGAGGUUCUGCAUAUAAUGAAGAAGAUGAUGAAGAAGUUGUUACGUCCAAUGACGCGUUGGUGCGGGCUACACCCGUGUGUGAAAUGCAGAAUGAGAGCAUUUUCUCUAAGGUUGAUCAUCUGACACAGCUUCUUGAAAGGGUUUUAUUAUGUAGACCAACAGGUGCUGCAAAGCACAACAGGAUUGUGGCUGUGGCUCUCUACGCCAUAGUGAAGGAGAGUUUUCAGCUAUGCUAUGACACAACAGAAGUAAUCGGGACGUUGAUUGAGCGGUUUAUGAAGCUUGAAAUACCAGAUAUGAUAAGAGUUCACGCCGUCUUCUGUCGCAUUUCAAAGCAGUACGAUGAGCUAGAUGCAUUCUAUGACUGGUGCACGACUGCUCGGAUUGUGCCCCCUUCCGAUUAUCCUAAAUUUGAGAAAAUUCCACAGCAGAAACUCGAUAUGAUGGAUGACUUUGUUCACCAAAAGUCGGCCAUGUUGAGAAAACGGAAGGCGGCCACAAGAGCUAAGCCAAAGUCCAAACACGUUGAAGAAACAAAGGCGGCAGAAGCAGAACAUGUUAAGCAUGUAAUCAACGAGGUGUCACCAGCUGCACAAUUGGUAGAAGCAAGAGAGAAAAACGAAAUAAACGAGGCAAAAGAAGAUGAGAAAACUCGAGAAAUAGGUGAUUUGUUGAACUUGGAUGAAGAUGCACCAAGCAUUGAAGAACAAGAGCAUGCGUUCGCAUUAGCUUUAUUUGAUGCCGUUCCAGCCACAACCGCUCCAGCAAGUACGCCCACCCCAUGGGAAGCCUUGAAGAACUCAUCAGGAGAUUGGGAGACGGCAUUGGUUCAGUCCGCAAGCCAUUUGUCAAAUCAAAAGGCAUCUCUUCCCAAAGGUUUUGAUACAUUGAUGCUUUAUCGCAUGUAUCAACCAGGGGCAAUGGCUCCUACCGUUGGUCCUACGGCCACUGGAAGUUCUAGUAGUGUGGCGCAAGGGUCAGCGGGAAGGACGGCCAUGCUGGCCUUGCCAGCACCACCGGCAGCCAAUGCUGGAAACGACGGUCCAUCAUCAAGUACUGAUCCUUUUGCCGCUUCUCUUGCGGUAUUGCCACCAGGGUAUGUCCAGAUGUCUGAGAUGGAGAAGAAGCAGAGAUUUUUAGUAGAGGAGCAACUAUUUUGGCAGCAAUAUGCCAAGGGUGGGAUGCCGGGACAGGUGGGAUUAGCAAAUGUACAACAACAAAAUCCUCAUCAGUAUAUAAUAGGAGGCGGAUCGGAUCUUCUAUUAUAA